GAUACGUUUAAAACGGAAAUUCGAGUUCUACAAAUUAGCUUAUAAUAAAUUUUAACAGAUUGUUUAUAGAAUGUUAUGAAUUUGUGUGUUAAAAGCUUAUGUGUUACAUAUAAUAAUUUUUUAAAUAUUUAUGCGUUUUAUAUUUUAAGUGUAUUGCAUGUAUUUCAGCUUGUACGCCAAGUUCCCUUAUAUUAUUAACACCAUCUUUUACAUGCUACUGUUAAUUAACAGCUAAGCUAUAAAAAAAGGUGCAUUCCAUAACUUGCUAAAAUAUUUUUGAAAAUUCCUUUAUUAUAAUUUUUAUGUAAUUAUAAAAAUUGGCUACCCUAUAAAAACCACCCCAACAAAUUGCAUGCAAUAGUUUGCUUUUAGAGUCACCCUGUUGCUAUUACUUUGACAGCUGCAAGGCGGCGAAAUAGCAUCAAUAGCGUCUUGUUUUCUAGGUUAUUCGGAAGUGUACCAACAAAAAGAUUUGAAAUUUGCAAGCAUUAUAAAGAUUUGCGAGUGUAUGAUUUUAUUAUUUCCGCAGUAAUACACAUUUUACGUGUUCAAUAAUGUCUAAUUUUAAUUUCGGAACAAUUGCACAAGAGUUGCAUGAUGUACAGGAAGAGGGGCUCUCGUUUGAAGAUAAACAACUAACUUGGGAUACAGCAGAGGACGUCGCUGAUAUUGUUAAGGCUUUGGAAACAACAAAGGUUGUCCACUACCUAAAAUUGGGUGGAAAUACUUUGGGGAUUGAUGCUGCGGCUGCGAUUGCAAAAGGUCUUGAGAAGCACCCCGAAUUUCACAAAGCAUUAUGGUAUAAUAUGUUCUCAAGACGACUCAAAACAGAGACGCCAUUGUCACUAAAGCAUUUGGGCAAUGGUUUAAUGGUUGCCGGUGCCAAACUUACAGUAUUAGAUUUGAGUGAUAAUGCUUUGGGUCCAAAUGGUAUGGUUGGGCUAGAGGAUCUUUUGCGGUCGCCAGUAGUUUACUCAUUGCAAACAUUGCGUUUGAAUAAUUGCGGUUUGGGUAUUGGCGGUGGCCAAAUGCUUUCAAAAGCUAUAUUGGAUUGCCAUAAGAGCAGUGUUGCCGCUGGAACACCACUUAAGUUGAAAGUUUUUAUUGCCGGUCGCAAUCGUUUGGAAAACGAUGGUGCUAAAGCUAUAGCAAAAAUAUUUUCUACACUUAAAACUUUGGAAGAAAUAGCAAUGCCACAAAAUUCUAUAUAUCAUGCAGGCAUUGCAGCAUUAGCGAUCGGUUUUAAAGAAAACCCUAACUUGCGCAUUCUGAAUUUGAAUGACAACACAGUAACUGAGAAAGGUGCAGCUUCACUAGCGGAAGCAUUUGCAUACACGCCAAUGUUGCAAGACAUUAAUUUUGGUGAUUGUCUGCUCAAAACACAUGGCGCCUAUCAUUUUGCCGAGGCAUUAAGCGAAAACCAUAAUCAACUCGAGGUGGUGGAUUUGGGUUUUAAUGAAAUCGGCGCAGACGGAGGUGUUGUUUUAGUUGAAGCUUUGCAAAAUAAGAAAAAUUUAACGAGACUUAUCUUAGAUGGCAAUCAAUUUGGUUAUGAAGGACGUGAGCGUAUUAAGGAGAUUAUAGAGACUUUCGCAAAUCCAAAUGCAUUAGAAAGCCUUGAAGAAGAUCAGUCUGAGUGCGAGGAUGAUGAAGAUGAGGACGGAGAUGACGACGAUGAAGAUGAUGAUGAUGAUGAUGAGGAAGAUGAUACUACUGAAGAAGUUGAUGAAGAUGAAGAGUACCAAGAUGAAGAUGCCGACGAAGAAGGCGAUGAAGCGUACAUAACAUCUCCCGCUUUUACAACAAAUAUGUUUGGUGCAAAUGAGACUUUUAUGUCUGCUAAAAAUGUUCAAUUUGCUGAUCAAACGACGCCAACAAAGCCAGUUACCGUCGAAUCAUUUUGUCUAAGUCAGAAACCUUGCACCAUACAAGCAUUCGAGUCAUUGCAGGAGACAGAUAAAUUGAAGGCCUUCAAAAGCAUUAUUGAGCAAUUCACCGAUGACAAUCGUCUGUUAUUGCUCAUUUUUACGACAUUAAAAUGUGCGCACCUCUCUGAAUCAUCGCCUGCUGCAUUGGAUUUGGCGAAAGCGCUUUAUAAAGAAACAGUCGACUAUGCUGUAGAGACGAAACAAGAGCGUCGCGUUUUGAAUUAUAUGCUGAUGCAGUUGGGUUUGCUACGUAGCGAAGAAAAGUUCACAAGUCCCUAUGACUUGAAAAGUUGUCGUUACGCGUUGCGCGAGACACUGAAGUCCAAUCCACAGUUUGGCAGUGAGCAUAUGCGUAACGCUUUCAAUGUUUUCCUACAUCAAUUGGAUGGUUGAAAGUAUAGAUUAUUAAGCAUUUCAUGUAUUUUUGUAAGGUUUUUAAAAAUAUACUGCAUAAGUUACUUUGCCUCUUUAAAUUAUAAUUUUGCAUAAACUGAAGGUGCCAAGUUCAAAUACACAUAAUACAUACUAAAA